ACCAGCACAGGAGCAACAUCUGAGCCCAAAACCACCACUCCCACUUCCUCAGCCACAUUUCAAGCUCACACCCCCCUACAUACACACAGCCUCACAGCUGAGUGGGAGUGGAAUUUGUGCGUCUUGUACAGAUUGUGCAGACUUCUCUUUGUUUGUGAAUGACUGGCUUGGACUGUGUGUGUGAGGGGGGCAUUGAAGUGGGUCAUACAGGACCACUGGAGGAGCGAAAGAUAAACCUACCAGAAGAGAGAUGAUCCAAGCUUGCACGCAUCAGCACCCAGCAUGAUGCCUGUACUGCAGCCGCCUCCAGUUCAAGUACAAAGCAUCUCAAGGAACAAAAGGAUGGGAGGCAACUGAGGCAGCUACAGCAUACCAUCAGUGAUUUCAUCAGCUGUCCGUCAUGCAAGGCUUGGAGAUUUUUCAAGGACCUGCAAAGGAUUCUUAGAUUUUUUUCCACCACCCUUCCCUUCCAAUCCGUCAGUACUGGUGCGCUUCAGGUUCUUGCAGGCUCCUGAGGACCAGCGGUGUGUGGAGAAUGCAGGACCAUGGAGGAGAGAGACAGGUCGCCAGCAGUCUGCCGCACAGUGUUAAGGCGAGCCUGUCCCUUUCUCCACCUGGGCCGGGACGGGUGGGCAGCGGUGGGGGCUCCCCCACAUCCAAAAUUGCACCCUGCGCAGGAGGGGUACCUGUGGAGGACAUGCAAGCCCUGGCCAUCACCUCACUUUCUGCAGCAGAUGUAGCCAAACAGUUUGAGCACAUCCGCGAGCUGGGAAAGGGAACCUACGGCAAGGUGGACCUGGUGGCUCAUAGAACCCAGGGUACCAAGAUGGCGCUGAAGUUUGUCACCAAAAACAAGACAAAGCUGAAGAGUUUCCUGCGGGAAUUCAGUCUAACAGGCUCGCUUAGCUCCAGCCCGUUCAUCAUCAAAGUCCUGGACGUGCUUUUCGAGACAGAGGACAGCUAUGUAUUUGGACAAGAGUAUGCCCCCGCUGGGGACCUUUUCGACAUUAUUCCCCCACAGGUGGGCCUGCCGGAGGAAAUGGUGAAACGCUGCAUGCAACAACUUGGUUUGGCCCUGGAUUUCAUGCACAGUAAAAAUUUAGUGCACCGUGACGUCAAACCAGAAAACGUGCUGCUGUUCGACCGUGAGUGUCGUCGCAUUAAGCUGGCUGACUUUGGCAUGACCCGCCGAGUGGGCUCCCGCGUAAAGAGGGUGAGCGGCACCAUCCCCUACACAGCGCCCGAGGUGUGCCGCGCCAGUCGCACAGAGGGCUUCCUGGUGACCACCAGCCUGGAUGUGUGGGCGUUUGGCGUGUUGGUCUUCUGCAUGCUCACGGGUAAUUUCCCCUGGGAGGCGGCGCUCCCGGCUGAUGCGUUCUAUGAGGAGUUUCGGCGCUGGCAGAAAGCGGGGUGCCCUGUGGGAACGUAUCCGUCACAGUGGCGCCGCUUCACUGAUGACGCCCUGCGCAUGUUCCAGAGGCUCCUUGCUGCUGAGCCUGAAAAACGUUGCGGGGUCAAAGAUGUCUUCUGCUUUGUCAAAUAUGAGCUUGUGAGCGAGCUCAGGCGCAGAGCGUCCUACCGCGCCAAGAGAGGGGAAAGGUCAAGUUCGGGGGUGUGCACUGGCAACUGUACUUCAUCAUCUUCAUCAUCUUCCUCCUCACGCACCACCCACAGACAACCAGAGCCUUCCACACCUCCUGGAACCUCCUGCCUUCGCCCAGCACCUCUCAAACGGAGUGUUCUCUCCGACCCGUUGUCACCCAGAGAGGAGUCUGGACAGCACCAGUCUCCUGGCCGGGACAAAAACAAAAGCCAGAUGGUCAUGGCGACCGCCAUUGAAAUCUGUGUGUAACCACACUUGUGCUAACUAAAUGGCUUUUCACAGUAAGAGCAACUCGUUCAAGGGACUUCUCUUAAUAAGGAGAAACGGGAGGCUCGGGAUCAGCCGUCAAUCAGCAGGAUGGACAGAGACAAGCCAUCUUAGGUCAUGGCCAAAGAAGGAUGAGAGAGAGCUUCAGCAGAUGUUUCUCCUUAGCAGAAAAUUCCUAACAAGUGUUUAAUCAGUCUACACAAUGUGGUGGUGCUAAGAUCACACAGUAAGAUACUACAUGAUAACGGCUUCUCCUCACUUGCCACUUUAUAGCGUUUUGGUGUCUCAGAUAAGCUCCAAGGAGGCUUCAGUUCAUAUAGAGGCCAGUGAUCUAAGAGCAAACAUCUGACUCCAACAUCCAGUGCAUUAGCAUCCAAAAGACCGCUAUGUAGCAGAGAGACUCACCUCAGGACCCUUCAGUGGAUCACUUCUGUUUUAUUAGUAAUCCAUUCCAGUAAAUCUAUUGUCUGUUGGACUGCAGGGAUCCAUGAACAGAUUAACAGGGACUGUACAUUGUAUCAGAGCAGAAGUGGUGAACAAUAAGAAGGAGAUGGAAUAUCUUCAUAUUUUUCCCCUUUUCUACUUGUGAGUGUGUGAAUUUCCAACACUAAAAAGCACAAGAUGUUUCUAAAGGAGGAUGAAGCGUACUCAAUAUUGUAGAUACAUUUGGUAUUUAAAAAGUGCUCUGUACUAUCAGGUAGUUCAACGAUGUAGCUGUACUUUUUCUAAAAUCAGGGGUUUAGGUCACUUGUCAGGUCAAUGCAUUGUAUGUAGCAACUAAACUUGACAUGGCAGAAUGUACAGUGUAGAGAUACUUAGAGCCUAUGAUGAUGUUUAAACACUAUAGCUGCUACUUUUCUUCAACUUUGCUCGGUUUAGAUGAAUUAUUGGUCGUGGUGUGACACGAUUGGCUGUGCUGGAAUUAAUCAUUGCUUUCCCUAAACAGAACAGCUGAUUUAGUUUGGCGUAGUACAGAAAUGUUGGCGUUUAGAACGUAAAAAACAUUCAAAGGUGUACAAAUUGACUGCAAUUUCUGUCACCACUGAUUGGUACUGUACCACAUUUUGGCCCCCUUCCAUCAGGGGUUAGGUACCAAGAGGGUGGUGCAUGUGCAAGUGUCACUUCUGUGCAAUAUCUGGAAUAGGAAAAGAACAAAAGAUGCCUGUUUUCAAACAAAGUAUAACUUUAAAGUGUACCAGUUUUUGGCAUCCUGCUGUGUGGGAUGGUAUCUAAAUAUUGGAGUUAUGACACAGUACAACCUGUCGACCCUCUCCAUCAAUGACUUGAAAUUUAAUUGUCACCUUGAUGCAACGUCCGCAAUGGAAAUGAAAAAAAACAAUGUACCAAAUGACCUGAUACGUACCUGGCCAAUUUUUGCCGCACGUGUGUAGGAGUUCUGUACCCAAAGGGUAAUGUUGCACAUUGAUUGGUGGACAGAAUUGCCAUUUUUGUGCAACUUAAAGUCUGGAAUGAAAAUAACAAAAAACAUGCCUUUUCUCAAACAAAGCACACCAAAAUACUUGAUCUGUGUUGUAGCUAAUUUGGGUACCCUUCAAUAAGAGUUCAGCAGCUAAAUGGCGGAGCGAGACACACUGCAUCCUGUUGAUUGGUCGCCAGUGAAUUGUCACGUUUGUGUAACAUCCAGAAUGAAACAGGAAGAAAACAGAAUGUGUGUUUUUUGUAGUGUAGUCACAUGGGCUGAUUUAUAAUGUUCAAAUUUUUGGAACUCUUUUGUAGGGUUACAGUACCUAACGUGGGAAGCUUGGUGUACUGAACCCUGUUGAUUGGUGGAAAAAAAUCAUCACUUUUGUGUAACAUGGGAAUAUAUUGCUAAUAACACAGAAAUGCGCGUCAAAAUAACUAGUUUGUACUGUACCAUAUUUUGGCAUCCUCUUUUGGGGCUAUGGUACCUAAAGUGUGGCCCAAGACACACUGGUGAUUGGUUGACAGAACUGCCAUUUUUCUGCGUCAAAGGGAAUGGAAUGAGAAGAACAUUAAAACAUGCCCAUCUGUGCUUUACCAAUUUUUUUGCAUUUUUCUUUAGGAGUAUGGUACCUAAAGGGUGCAUGUAAACACAAUGCAUUUUUAUUGGUUGACAUUGAAUUGCCAUUUUGGUGCAACAUAGGGUAUAGAAUGAACACAAUAACAUGCAAUUUCUCAAACAAAGCGCACCAAAAUAUCUGAUAUGUACUGUGCCAAUUUUUGGUGCUCUUCUGUAGGGGUUCAGCACCUACAGAGCACAGCUAGACACACUGCACCCUGGUGAUUGGUUAACAUUGAAUUGUCACUUGGACAAACAAAAUACAGUGGAACCUCGGUUAAUGUGUUUUUUGGUUAAUGGUGAAAAUUUAUGCCAGAAUUUGGCCUCAAUUUGUGGUUAACAAAAUGGCGCGUGUCUUGUUAUGUUGUUUAUAAUUUAUUAUUACUACACUGCAUUGCAACUGUGUUCUUAAUGUAUUUUUUAAUCACAAAACAUCUUUGUUAGCAGCUUGCUACUACAUGGAAACAGGAACCGUCGCCCGUCUAUGAUGCCAUCACCGGUUGACAUCAUUGUUGCCAAGUUGUUUCUUGAAUUCACUAGUGUUUCUCAUCUUGUCAAAAUAGUGCAAGUUCUUUGGCUCCAUUUGGGGUUUUUUGCAGCCAUGAUCAAAAGAAAAGCAGAGACUUAAGGUAAGAAACACUACUGAAUUCAAGAAAUAACUCCGAGCAAAACAUGACCUUUGUGUCCGUGUUGCUCUUGCUGCCAUAUCAUGUCUUUGCCAUCAACACGUCUUCAGUGUUUGUUUAUCCCUUUCAUUCAGCAUUUAUAUGUAUUUAUAUAGCAUUUUUAAUUGUUUUCUGCAUGCAAAACUAUAAAAAUGUCUUGUGUGUUAAUAUUUUUGGCUUUCUGGAGCGGAUUAAUUGGAUUUAAAUUAUUUCUUAUGAGAAAAAUUGAUUUGGUUUGAGUACGUUUCAGGAUUGAGCCGUUUGUUUUGAGUUGGACUUUCUGGAAAAGGAUUAAUGACGCUAAUCAAGGUUCCACUGUACAGUAUGUCUUUUCGAAAACAAAGCGUACCAAAAUAACUGAUCUGUCCCAAAAACCUUUUUGCCACCUUUCAGUUUGAGUAUGGCACCUGAAGGCACCCUAUUGUUUGCCGCACAACACACCUUUCUUCAAACAAAGCACACCAAAAUAUAUGAUUUGUAGCGUAAACAUUUUGGCCAUUUUUGGCUGGGGUAUCAAAGUUGUGUAGUAAAUGAAUGUAGAGGACGCAGUUAUGGCAGUCUACAUAAUAAUGAUAGAAACAGGGGUUUACAAUUCCAAACCUGUACGUACCGCACUGCCUGAUGGGAACACCCUACAUUUUUUUAUGUGCAAUCAUCAGAGCUUCUUGGUGGUCUUCAGUCAGCUCCUACAUGAACAAAACAGCUAUUAUUUAAUAUCAAAGGUGAAAUCCAGUAGAUAAGCAGUUAUGUUCACUUGAAUUCUGAAGUUCUUCCCUUAGCAGAUCCCAGGUGGUUUUUGUCUGUAGAAAUUACCUCUGUGUCAACUAUUGUUGUCUGAUCGAUCCCAACCUCAACGCUCGAUUGUAGCUUCGGCCUUCAAACAGUUACGCCUAAUUACAAGAAGCACCGCAUCAAUGCUACAGCGAGCGCUCGUUACCGUCAUUGUUCAUGUUUUUAAAAAAACUCUCACGUUUGUGUGUGCGUGAACAUGCGGCUGUUUUCACCAUCCUCAUUCCCCCGCUCCUCGUUCUGGCCCCGACAGCCCAUCAGCUCUGUUGCCAUAGCGACAGUGCCACACUGCUCCCCUAGUUGGGUUCUGUCCUCUUCAAGUCUAAUUGUGCCCAAAUUAAAGAACUUGCCACAAUAGGCUCCCUUUCACUGUCACGCUAAGCCUUUUAUCACAAUUGCUCAACUUAUUUAAGCGGAAAAGAUUGUCAGAAAUAAAGGUAGUUGUAUCUACGUCCCUCAGGGUGGACUAUACAAAAAUGGAGGGCUGAUUAUUGGACUCCAAGGCUUGUCGUUUUUUCAGGGCCGAAAAGGUACAAGUAUGUUGCCAGGCAGUAAAAGUGCGACCUUUGCUGUAACACAUGCCAUGUUUCAAUUAAUUGCCAGCUGCGUCAUCCUCCCAAAUCGAUGCCUCCUUCAAGUAAAGGUUAUAAGUUUGUGUGUUUAAGCUGCAUGGGUGUAGAGAAGCGUGGUCACAUGGCGUGGUCACAUGGGCACAGGUGGGUGCGUACGCUUACAUACAAGGAAGCUAUAAAUGGCGUACACUUGCUGGUGCCAGGAGAGAGCAGGAGAGAAGAAGACAGUUUUCUUUUAUGCAUUUUUCAUUCGCAUUGUCACAUUUUCCUUACACUGCUGCACUCCAUGUGUCAUCAUUGUCACAUGCAAGGCAUGUUUGCCAUCCCCGCUAUCAAAGCUUUACUUAUUAUAACAAACCCACCACACAAAGGUAUUUUGUUCAAGGUCUCUGUUAAGCACAACAUCAAGCACGGAGGACCUCUGCGGCAAAAAGGUACAAGGAGGCUGCAAUAGGCGGGUACUUUCUGGAGUUGAGUAAAUAAAUGACCACGAGCACUAUUUUAAAAAAUACGACCUCAAAAGCAGUGCAUUAUUUGAAUAAAUAAUGGCCUCCUCCCAGAUAAAUGCCUCCUUCAAAUAAACUGCUGGUACUCUCUGCUGUUGAGUAGCUACAUACACUCUUCCACUGCGCAAUAUAACCACAAAAGCUGUACCUUUAAGCAUAUCACCUCAAUAGUACAAAAAAAUGGCCUCCUCUUAAAUAAGCACCUCCUUCAAAUAAACACAUGGUACUUUCCGAUGUUGACUAAAUAAACACUCCUGGCCAAUAUUUGAGAAAAUAUGGGAAUAUAAGCAAGACCAUUGAGGGUAACUCCCCAUUUGUACAAAUAAAUGCCACUGCUCAAAUUAACGCUUCCUAGAAAAUAAACACCUGAUACUGUCUGUAGUUGUCUCUUCCAGUUCCUAUCUGACGAACUGCUGGUAUCAAAGCCUUACUGUUAAAGACAUCUCUCCAUUUUCAUAAAUAAAGUCCCUUUCAAAUAGAUGCAUCAUUCAAAUAAAGAGCUUAUGCUUUUCCAGUCUGUAGUUGAGCAACUGCAAAAGUAAAAGGUAUAAAAGCAGUACCCUUGAGGACACCGGCCCAUUUGUAUGAAUAAAGACCGCCCCCUAAAUGGAUGCUUCCUUCAGAUAAACACCUAGUACUUUGUGCAUUUGAGGCAAUACGGUACAUUUGAUCAUACAACCCUAUUUGUACAAAUGAAGACCUCUUCUCAAACAGAUGCUGCCUUCAAAUAAACGUACUUCCUACAGUUGUGUAACGCAGUUCUUCCGGCACCUAUUUGAGGAACUGGAAGCUGGACUUUACAGGUUACCACACCAUUUGUACAAAUUGUUCAACUAGACUCCUUCUUCCAAUAAACACUUGAUGCUCUUUGAAGUUGAGUAACAAAACGCCCUCUAUGUGGUAUCUUUGAGGGUAACACACCAUUUGUACAUUUGUACACUUUUCUUUAAUGGACGCUUCCUUCAACUAAAUGCCUGAUACUUUCUGCAGUUGGGUGACUACAAGGCCUCCACUCACAAAAUUAGGCAAUACAUGUACCAAAGCAGUACCUAUACCACCCUAUUUGUGCAAAUAAUUGCCUCAUCUCUAGUAAAUACCUCAGUUGAUCAACUGCAUACCCUCUGACACUAAUUGAGAAAAGCCAGUUACAAAAGCAGGAGGAUACAACCCCUUUUGUACAAAUAAAGGCCCCCUCUCAAAUGGACGCCUCCUUCAACAAGGACUUGAAUAAUUCACACAUACUUAUGCGCAUCAACCACAAGCACUUGUUAUGCUAUUGUCACAGCAUCCUUUAAUACCCAACACUCACCUUGCUUUUCCAAUUCAGAUGCUUCCCCCGGGAUGAUGGGCACAUAAUUAGCCUGUAUGUCCAUGUGGUUAUGUGCGCUAAUCUGCAUAGAAGAAAAGGUCAGGAGUAGAUCACCUGAAGUCAGCGCCAUCACUACAUUAUAUAAGAAAAGAUAAUCCCGUAUAGCAGCCUUUGCGAGGCAUCAUGACUCAACAUGAUGCAACAUAAUUCCAUAUAACUCAGAGCGGUGCGACCUUAUGAAAGACGUAAGAGUUCAUAUGUGAGCAGGAAACAUCAUUACGCUUGCAGUGAUCCGCACGGACUGUUAAGGCGACAAGGCAUCAAAGCUUUCCACUUGCUCCAAUAAGUCUGAUUUUCCAGCAAGAGUUGUUGUAGAAUGUUGUAAAUAAUCUGUCUUUAAUAAAAAGAAGAUGUUAAUAUAUGUUGAAAUAAAAUAUAAUUAUGCACCACAUCUGAUGGCUUCUGGGGUGUUUGUUCAUUGCAUCAG